AGUUUUGUUUGUUUCAAUGGCGAAGGAGGAUGUAUGUCGGCGAUGGAGACUUGAAGCCGGAAGUGACCCUUUCGAGCCGAAGAAGAUGAAGAACAAGAAGCGGAGGAGGGAGCAGCCCCGACCCACGAUCCACCCCAGGAACAAGUACUCCGAGAACCCGCCGGAUUUCGCGCUCCUGGCCUCCCUCUACCCUUCCUUCCGCCCCUUCGUCUCCUACGGCGGCCGCGGGGGCGGCCGACCCAGGAUCGACUGGACCGACUUCAACGCCUCCCGCGAGCUCACCCGGGUCCUGCUCCUCCACGACCACGGCCUCGACUGGUGGAUUCCUGAUGGACAACUUUGCCCUACGGUGCCCAAUAGAUCCAAUUACAUCCACUGGAUUGAAGACCUUCUUUCAUCUGAAAUUAUUCCUAAGAUUAAUAACAAUGCCGAUAAUAUUAGGGGAUUUGACAUAGGAACUGGAGCAAACUGCAUAUAUCCUCUUCUUGGUGCAUCUCUUUUGGGGUGGAGCUUCGUCGGGUCAGAUGUGACGGAUGUGGCAUUAGAGUGGGCAGAGCGAAAUGUUAAAACUAAUCCACAAAUUACAGACCUAAUAGAAAUUAGAAAGGUCGACACCUGUAUGGAUGCUUUUCUUGGGGAAGAUUCUUCUAAGGACGAUCUCCUAAGCUAUGGAAGCAAAACAAAUCCUAGCAACGGCACAGGUAGAGAGUCAGUGCCCGUAUCUUCUUCUACACGUGAUGAUGCAGUUGAGGAGAACAAUUAUUCAGGACCACCUAUCCUAUUUGGUGUGGUCAGGGAUGGUGAGACAUUUGACUUCUGCAUGUGCAAUCCUCCAUUUUUUGAGUCAAUGGAGGAAGCAGGUCUGAACCCGAGAACUUCAUGUGGUGGGACUCCCCAAGAGAUGGUUUGUCCUGGUGGGGAGAAGGCUUUCAUCACACGCAUUAUUGAGGAUAGUAUUAGACUGAAGCAGUCAUUUCGAUGGUAUACUUCAAUGGUCGGUAGGAAAUCAAACCUCAAAUCCCUAAUUGCAAAGCUACGAGAGGCUGGGGUCACCAUUGUGAAGACAACUGAAUUUGUGCAGGGACAAACAUGUCGAUGGGGAAUUGCUUGGUCUUUUCUACCUCCUGCCAGGAAGAUAAUUUCACCUUAUGUGGCUGAGAAAAGCAAUCUGUCUUUUAUUCUUGAGGGCCUUCAACGUCAGUUUGGUGCCAUACAUGUCUUGCAAUCAGUUGAAUCCUUUUUCCAUGAAACUGGCGCAUCCUGUAAAUUGAAUGUCAGUUCAUUUUCUGCCGAUAUUACUGCAUCAAAUGAUCAUCUAAAAGGAAUUUUGAGGAAUAAGGAAGGGCUUCUUCAGGAAUCUUUUGGUGGCAAUUGUGAGGAAGAGCCACCUAGUUGCUCAGACACUAUGCCGUGUCCUUCAGAUGACUUAAGUUUCCGUAUAACAGUAUUUCAGCAAAUUCCCGGCACCCUGCUAGUGAAAGGAUCAUUACAGCGUAAAGAUGGCUCAAUUGCAGGAGUUUUUUCAUCCAUCUUCCAGCGGUUAGAGGAAGUCCUGAAGCAAAAUUUUUGUAGAGAGAAGGCUUCUGUCCCUAUUUCUUAGCAGGAUACAUGCCAUCAAACUCGCACCUACAUCCGAUGCAAGCAUCAAUGCAUAUUCUGCUAGAAGAAAUACCGUGCUUAGCAUCCCUGGCAGAAAAACUCGCUCUGAGGACCUUAUUGCAGCUCAUGAGCAUCCCCGCAAGAUAGAACCUUUUGACCUGUGGGUCGAAGUAGGAAACUUAUUGUGCUUAGCUGCUUCUAUCUUUGAGUUUCCAUUGAUGCCUGCUUUUCCAGAACCUUGGUCUAGUUACAUUUCCAAUGCAAUUUGCUAGUAUGACUUGAGUUCUUUUUCUACAAUUUGAUGAGAGUCAAUGUAAGGAUAUGAGUUCGGUAUGGCAUCAUCCAUUAUUAAGGUUA